UGGAAAAUGAGACUAACAGCGUCACGUUGUGGACUUCCAUUCUUGAAACCUCUAUAUGAAUUCCCCUUUUCCUCUUCUUCUUCGACCCUUUGGCCUAGAAAUUGUUCUGGAAGCUUCUCUGUAAAAAUGUCGACAACCCCACCUUCUCGAAUCACUCACAUCAUCAAUCUUCCCACCCAACUCGAUCAACCGGUUUCUGUUGUCGCUGCUCCCGGCGUCUCCGAUACCCACUUCAGGAAUGCUAUUGAAUCCUCAUUGUUCAAACAGUGGUUAAAGAACAUACAAACUGAAACAGGACUGCUGGCUAAUGGAGCUAUGUCUUUAAAACAAGUUCUUAUCCAGGGUGUAGAUAUGUUUGGAGAGCGUUUGGGGUUUCUAAAAUUCAACGCAGAUAUUAUUGAUAAGGAGACGGGUCAAAAGGUUCCUGGUAUUGUCUUCGCACGGGGUCCAGCUGUUGCAGUUCUAAUCCUUUUGGAUUCUGAGGGUGAGACAUAUGCUGUGCUUACAGAACAGGUUAGGGUCCCAGUUGGGAGGCUAAUUUUGGAAUUGCCAGCAGGAAUGUUGGAUGAUGACCAAGGUGACUUUGCUGGAACAGCAGUUCGAGAGGUUGAGGAAGAAACUGGAAUACACCUGAAUGCUCAUGAUAUGGUCGACCUCACGGCUUUUCUCGACGCAUCAACUGGGGGAAGAGUUUUCCCUUCUCCUGGUGGUUGUGAUGAGGAGAUGAGUUUGUUUCUAUACAGAGGAAAUGUCAGCAAAGAGAAAAUACAACAACUGCAAGGCAAAGAAACUGGACUACGAGACCAUGGUGAGCUGAUUAAAGUGCAUGUGGUUCCAUAUGAUAAACUAUGGCGUGCCACAGCUGAUGCAAAGGCUCUGACCGCCAUUGCCCUCUACGAGAUGGCUAAAAGAGAUGGACUGUUGCCUUGAUCGAUGAGUUAAUAA